AUGACCCUCUCCUCCUGCCCUCCCACUCGGCCAGCACGCACCCACUCACCGUGCCAUAGCGACGUGUGCCGGAAGCAUGCCACCUCUUGCCUGACCAAGGGCAACAAUCGUGGUCGCCCUUCUCAUGAAGUCCAGACCAUCAAGCGUGGCCAAAAGCCUCGCGCCUGUGAUGCAUGCGCACACAGCAAGCUGGCCUGCGACCUCGCCGAGCCAUGCGGCCGUUGUGUGUCUCGCCACUCCAUCUGCUCCUACAACAAGGUGCAGCGGGACCCCUCGAAUGCCUCAGGGAUGGACCCUUUGAGGAUUCGCAAACCAUAUACCCGUGACGCCCGGGCUCGACUAUCCAUACCCUUCCUGCUCAGCAUGACAGAUCCAAAAGCCGAAACCAUGAUCAAGUCUUUCUUCUGUGAGCCCAUGAGAGAGGCCGAAAUAGGAGGCACAGAGUUUGACCCGGAGCGGGAAUUCUUCCCGUGGAACAUAACCGACAUUCUCAUGGGCGAUGUCGAGGAUGAGCUCGACCUGUACGACUUGUUCAACCAGGUGCCCGAUAUUGAUCACUCAUCGCCGGCGCUCGAUGCGCGAUUGGCCUUCAUCGUUGCCGAGCUCGGCGCUGUCCACGCUCGACUCUCGGCGAUGGAUGCUUCCUACAGCGAGACGUUCAGCAUCGACUCCGCCAAGCAGGUUUUCACCGCUCGCAACGCCAAGCUCUUCGUGUCGACCUUUUUCCGAUACACGCAGCCCGACUUCCCCGUAGCGCACGUGGCCUCCUUCAGCUACGAGGAAUCAUCCCUGGAGCUCCUCCUUGCCCUCAUACUCAUGGGCUCGAUGCGCGCUGUGCCGCGGGACGACGCCCUCUCGACGCACACCUUCUUUCGCGUCGGCGAGGAGUACAUUUUCCAGCGUCUCCGUGAGGUCGUGGCUCUCGAGCCGCGCCAGAAAUUGCCAUCAAAACGUGUGAUCGAGGUGCUUCUCGCCGCCCUCAACAUACAUAGCAUGCGCGCCCUCGUCAACGAUAAGAAGGUGCGCCGCAGAACACGCACAGAGAACCUGCCGGUCAUCGUGGCGACCAUCCGGUCGCUUGGCUUGCUGCAGAUGAAGCACGACAAUCUUCCCGAGGACACCCCGUGGGACGAUUUCAUACGCGUAGAAACGUGUAUUCGGCUGGCCGCCUGGGCCGCUUUGAUCGACUGGUCGCAGUGCGGGACGUUCAACUCGCCGCCCAUCAUAGCGAGCGCCGAGAUGACGGGCGACUUCCCCUGCUCCGAAGAACUGUGGAGUGCUGCGGACGCUACGGAGUUUAGACUCAUGGCUUCGAGGGAGGCCGAGGCAUCGCGGUCACGCACAUCUCUCAGUCAUUGCUUGGCCGUUCUCAUGCAGGACGGCUGGCUCGGCGCCAGCCACUUUCCGCUGGAGCCAGUCACUCUGAUGAAUCUCUACUUUCUCAUCGGUGGACUAAGCGCAUCUAUUGUCUCGGCGCGCCUCAUGUCCACUCUCUCGGCAAGCGCUCCCGUCAUCCUGUCCGCUAUAGAGCGGUGGCAGGAGCUCUGGGACCGUGAGACGAUGCGAUUGGGACCUGAAAAAGUGCGCGCGAGUGGUCUUUUCCGGCAUUCGGGCGGCGUCGCGUGGCUCGUCCGGCGGUCCGUCGAGGUGUCGAUCGGGAACGGAAAGCAGUGCGCUUACACCAAAGGUGUCGACCACGACAGCCUGAAGGAGCUGCAUGAUUUCCUUCAAAUGUGUCGGGAUACCUGA